AAUCAACCGUAACCGGUAACCCUAACCAUAUCUUCAAAUCUGGGUUUUUGGUAACGCUCCGUCGGGCUAACUCGCACCCGAUUCAAAUCAAUAUAUUCCUUUAAUCCCCUCUUUCGGAUCAUCUAAUCGGACUCUCCGGGUACACAAUUACAGGAGUGGUGCUUACAUUGUGUGAUUUUAAGUGUCAACUACCAGAUUCAUGUCAUGGAGGUAGCAAUUGAAACACCUGUUAAGAAACCAAAGAGGUUGACAUCUGCUGUUUGGAAUCACUUUGAAAGAGUUAGAAAGGCCGACAUUUGUUAUGCUGUUUGUAUACAUUGUAAGAAGAAGCUGAGUGGAUCAAGCAACAGUGGGACAACUCAUUUGAGAAAUCAUUUAAUAAGGUGUUUGAAGAGAUCCAAUUUUGAUGUUUCUCAAAUACUUGCAGCGAAGAGAAAGCGGAAAGAUAAUAAUAGUCUUGACCUUCCAAAUGUCAGUUAUGAUGAGGUGAAACGAAAAGCAGAGGCUAUAAUCCCAUUAGCUGCCUACAGAUAUGACAACGAGCAGAGAAAAGAUGAAGCUGUCAACCUUGGAAGUAUUAAAUUUGAUCAAGAGAGGAGUCGCCUUGACCUUGCUCGCAUGAUCAUGUUACAUGGUUACCCUCUGGGCAUGGUUGACCAUCUCGGAUUUAAGAUUUUUAUCAAAAAUCUUCAGCCAUCAUUUGAAAUUUUGACAAACAGUGGUGUUGAGUAUGAUUGUAUGAAAAUAUAUGAGAAAGAGAAACAAAAGGUGUAUGAUAUGAUACGCAAUUUUAAUGGCAGGAUCAGUAUGGGUGUUGGUAAGUGGGUCUCACCAGAAAAUGAAGAGUACAUGUGCUUAACGGCAAACUUUGUUGAUGCAGAAUGGAAGUUUCAGAAGAAGACAUUGAAUUUUAUAACAUUGGAUUCCUCGCAUACAGAUGAUACACUUUCAGAAGUUGUUAUUAAAUGUUUGAUGAACUGGGAAAUUGACCGUAAGUUGUUUUCAUUGACUUUUGAUGAUUGUUCCAUUAAUGAUGAGGUAGCACGCGGUGUCAAAGAUUGGAUAUCCCAAAGCAAACCACUUUUAAAGAAUGGGGAGUUGUUUGAUGUGAGAUGUGCUUCACAUGUUUUAAAAUCUCUUGUGCAAGAAGCAAUUGAAGCACUUGAAGAAGUAUGUUGUAAAAUCCGAGAGAGUGUGAGGUAUGUUAAGAGCUCGCAAGCCACCCAGGGGAAAUUUUAUGAAAUUGCCAGUGAUGUUGGUAUCAACAGCGAGAAACGUUUGUGUCUUGAUACCCCAAUGAUGUGGAACUCCACUCAUCUCAUGCUUGAGACAGCCUUAGAAUACAGGGGUGCCUUCUCUCUUCUGCAAGAGCAUGAUCCUGCUUACUACACGACUCUCUCAGAGGAAGAAUGGGAAUUAGCAAAUACUGUUACUAGCUGUAUAAAGCUUUUUGUUGAGAUUAUAAGUGUUUUUACAGUUAAUAAGCACCCGACUGCGAAUAUAUACUUUCCUGAGAUUUGUGAUGUCCACAUACAGUUGAUUGAGUGGUGCAAGAGCCCCAAUGAAUUUAUUUGCUCUAUGGCAUUAAAGAUGAAAAUGGAAUUCGACAAAUAUUGGAGCAAGUGUAGAUUCAGCUUAACAGUAGCUGCCAUCUUAGACCCUCGGUUCAAGAUGAAGUUGGUAGAGUAUUAUUAUCCCCAAAUAUACCCCAGUGGUGCCCAAAAUUACAUCAAGCAAGUUUCUGAUGGUAUGAGGGAGCUGUUUAAUGAGUAUUCCGUGGGGUCAGCUUCUCUUGAUCAAGGAUGCAGCAGUUUGCCGAGUACUAGUAAUGGUACAAGAGAUAGGCUACGCGGUUUUGACAAGUUCCUCCAUGAAUCUUCACAAAGUCACAGCAUAGUUUCCGACCUGGAAAAGUAUUUAGAGGAACCAAUCUUUCCUCGCAACCAUGAUUUUAAUAUAUUAAAUUGGUGGAAGGUUCACACAGCACGGUACCCCAUCUUAUCUAUGAUGGCACGUGACAUAUUGUGUAUUCCAUUUUCCACUCUUACAUCAGAGUUGGCAUUUAGCACUCGCGGCAGAGUGCUCCCCAAUCAUCUCAUCUCACUUAAUGCUGAUACUCGAGAAGCUUUGGUAUGUGGUCAAGAUUGGAUGCAUAUAGAAUCAGAAGUAGACCCAAACCAAUUCUCCAGCUACACAGCAUUGCCCGUGGUUGCUGAAGCUAUUUAAAAUAUUUAUGGGUUUCUCAGUUUAGGAUCGUCUAUGAUGACUAAGAAAAUUACAGGGGAUUGUUUGUUCUGUAUGUGGCUGCACUGUGAAGGAGGUGUCCGCCGUAUUGUUUCAUUAGAGUGUGGAGAAGAUCAUUGAAGGCGAGAGCUUGUUGCAAAUUUCAACUUAAUUCAAUGAUUUUCAAGUAACAUUGUGUUUAUUCCUUUUCCCCAUCCCAUUUCCCUACAUGUUUGGAGCUUUCAAUUGCAAUGCCAUAGCCAUACUAAAACCUAAGGUAUAUUUAUAUCAUGUAUUUUGUACGA